GGCAAGGUGUAAGCCUUAAACUCUCAAAGACGCCUUGCCUGUGUGCAUAGACGGUCUUUUAAAGUGGUAGUUGCUAGCCGAAUCUCUAAGCUUAAACAAAUCUUACAAUUUUCUACAUGAUUGAGUUGUGAUUUGUGAAUCUAAGGGUUUCAAUGUUUGAAUCCUUCGCAAUAAUGUUGUGAUUAUUGAUUAAAUCCAUUGGUAAUGAAUCUAAUGAUUUAUGGCAUGUGAUUUGAACCAGUUCAAUAUUUGAGUGAAGUUGAACUGGUACCCUCUUCCCUUGUUGCUGUAAUGCAUACGCCCAUGGCAUUCUUGGACACUCUGUUAAACAAGUGCGCAUCGCUCGGACAUAUCAAACAAUUCCAAGCCCAACUUGUCACACUUGGUCUUUUCCAGUUCUGUACUUCACGAACCAAACUUCUCGAGCUCUGUGCCAUCUCCCCGUUCGGGAGCCUCGACUACGCCGGUGAGAUUUUUAGUCGAAUUGAAAGUCCGACCACUAACGACUGGAAUGCAAUCAUUCGAGGUCUCGCUCAAAGUAAUGAACCCAGGGAGGCCAUUACAUGUUACCGGACCAUGUCUCAGAUACCCCAAAAGCCAGAUGCUCUGACCUGCUCGUUCACUCUCAAAGCCUGCGCACGAAUGUUGGCCCUCUUAGAAGCGAAACAGAUUCAUUCUCAGCUCAUCCGUUUUGGGUUUCAAGCUGAUGUGCUGUUGCAAACUACACUUCUAGACGUUUAUGCCAAGUCAGGUGAUCUUGACAACGCGCAACAGUUGUUCGAUGAAAUGCAGCUUAGAGAUAUUGCGACGUGGAAUGUAUUAAUCGCGGGGUUGGCGCAAGGGAGCAGACCUUAUGAUGCAUUGGUUCUGUUUCACCAAAUGAGGCGUGAGAGGCUGAGGCCCAACGAAGUUACUGUGCUUGGAGCACUUUCGGCUUGUUCACAGUUAGGUUCACUUCAUGAGGGCAAGAUGGUGCAUCUGUACGUUCAAGAGGAGCAGAUGGAUACAAAUGUGCAGGUGUGCAAUGCGCUCAUCGAUAUGUUUGCUAAGUGUGGGUCUAUCGACAAAGCGUGCGAUGUGUUUUACACCAUGCGUUGCCAGAAGAGCCUUGUGUCGUGGAACACCAUGAUCAUGGCACUCGCUCUGCAUGGUCAUGGCGCCCAUGCACUCGACCUGUUUGCUUGCAUGAGAGAUGCCGGUGUCCACCCUGAUGCAGUCACAUACCUCGCCGCACUAUGCGCGUGCAACCACUCCGGUCUGGUUUCUGAUGGGCUUCAACUGUUUCAGUCCAUGGUGGAGUCAGGGGUGAGACCAAAUGUUAAGCAUUAUGGAAGCUUGGUGGACCUCCUGGGUCGUGCCGGGCGACUGGAAGAGGCUUACCAAGUCAUAACAUCUCUGCCCAUGGUCCCUGAUGUUGUUCUAUGGCAAAGCCUGCUUGGGGCUUGCAAGACUUAUGGGAAUGUUGAGUUGGCCGAGCGUGCAUCUCGAGCACUUGUAGAAAUGGGAUCGAACAGUUGUGGCGAUUUCGUGCUGCUAUCGAACGUUUAUGCCUCACAAGCUCGAUGGACCGACGUGGGUAAGAUUAGGGACGCCAUGAAGAAUAGAGAUGUCAAGAAGAUUCCAGGGUUCAGUUUCAUAGAGGUGGAGGGUGUGAUUCAUAAGUUCCUUAACGGUGACAAAAACCAUUCAAAAUGGAGGGAGAUUUACAGCAAGUUAGAUGAGAUAGGUUUGAGGAUAAAGGCACAUGGGUAUGUGCCUGAGACAUGUUUUGUGUUGCAUGAUAUUGGAGAGGAGGACAAGGAGCAGGCUUUGUAUUACCAUAGUGAGAAGUUGGCUGUGGCUUUUGGUUUGAUUAGCAUGAGAUGUGGAACUCCAAUCCAAGUGAUUAAGAACCUUAGGAUCUGUGGUGAUUGUCAUGUUGUGAUAAAGCUUAUUUCUAAGAUUUAUGAUCGGGAAAUUAUUGUGAGAGACCGAGCUCGGUUUCACCGUUUCAAAGAAGGGUUUUGCUCUUGUGGGGAUUAUUGGUGACAAAUAUAUUUAUUUUCUAAUUUUCAAAUAAUGUAUUCCAAUGUAGAGAUUCAAGCUAGAUAUAUUUAACGUGAUCGCAAUUCUAGGGCUUCA